GCCACACUUCUCCAUCUCAAUUUCCGCUAGUAGCCAAAUCCCAAUCCCAUGCAUUUCCCUCCCGAUCACAAACCGCCGCUCAACCCUUUCUCCUCAGCUCGUCAAAAUCCCUCCUCUCCGUCCCGUAAAAAGAGUUCUGUGCAAGGAAUCCUUCUCCACCAAGAAAACCAACCGGCUAUUCCUUGUCCUCGUCACCAUCACCGUCCCACCAGAAGUCGUUGCCAAAUGCGCUCCAGGAAGGGAUCGAUUGGGGGGAAAAGAAGGGUAGGGGUUGAUGUCGGGACAAUAAAGGGAUAGAUAAAGCCAAGCUGACUCGUUGAAUUAUAGUUGAUGGUAGUCCUACAGGUCAUUAGGGUACGCUAGAGAGAGGAGGUGGACCGUUAGUGAGGCUAGCUUAAUUGUGUGGAUUUUGGAUGGAAGCUUAGUUGGAGUACUGCUCCAAUUCUCACCUCGCACAAUUGACAACUGAUGGUAAGAAAUAAAAAGACUAAGGUGGAGAUUUAGAAUAGCAGCAGCCGAGGAUGAGUAAGACAGUUACGGGUGCAAGAGUAUACAUCGAGAAGCGUAGGUUCUUGUGAGUUCAAGCCAAUCGGUUUGGCUAGUCAGGUGAGUGUAAAGGGGUAAAUUUUAUGUCUUACGGUUUUCAAGUAUUUGCCUUGAGUAUUUUUGAGUAUUGAUUUACGUGAUGUAUGUACAGUAUUUGAUUCAUGUUUGAGAUUGCAUAAUUAUGGUUGAUGAUAUGUGCCUUGUUUGAAUUAUAACUUGAAGUGGAUGGUUAUUCUUUACUUUGAAAUUUUACGAGUAUAAGUUAUUGUUAAAGUUUAAGAAACAAGUUAUCUUUAAGAAGUAACUCACCUUCAAGAAGGUGAAGUCGUUUUAAGUGGUUUUAGCCGCUAGCGCCAGUCCAUUGCCAUUUGAGAUUUUCAUAUAGAGCAGCAGUUAUGCUCUUGAGAUCUUUGAGAGAGAGCAACAGUUAUGCUCUUGAGAUAUUUAAGUUGAGCAGCAGUUAUGCUCUUAAGAUUUUUAAGAUGAGCAGCAGUUAUGCUCUUGAGAAUAGUGGAAGAAGAUCCUUCCACGAUGAGUUUAAGGAAAGCUUGGAGGGCUUCUCAUACGUAUGAGUUGGCAACCGGACUAGCUAUGAGGGAUCCUCGUGUCAGUCAAGUAUUUGAGUCGAGAUUUGAGCUUUAAGAAUAGAGAGUAACAGUAACUCCCAUACAGUUUUAAGAGUGGAAAUACAAACAACUUCCACCAAUUUAAGUAAGUGUUUUAAUUAAAGUGCUAAGCAUUAGAAGUUUAAACGUAAGGGCGUAGACUGACCCCAUCUCACUCACCAGUUUGAAGAGGAAGAGCAAGAGGAGUAGUUAGAGAGCAACGAGAGCUAGACAAACCGUUCGGAGGGAGCUGUCACGACCCGAAAUGUCGUGACCGUGUUGAUCGUCUGAAGAACGCUGCCAUCUGGUUGUCUUGCCAUGAGAGGGAUAAAGGGGGCGACAUUAGCGAUAAGGCGUUGUCUGUCUGUGCAUCGCAUCUGGCCGAGUCAGGAUGUGGCUAUGAAGGGGAUCGUUGCAAGACAAGGCACAACUGGUUAGAGGCUAUUGUCGUCUCCCUGAUGAGCCCAAGGCAGGGCAAAACCAGUUGGCAUGCGUAUGGAGAGAGGCUGGUCUUGAGGAAUGAGUGCACCUGAAGAUGCCGCACGGACUUCGGAAGUCUAUGUCCGAGACAAGUGGUAUCAGAGCGUGGUUAGGCUGAAGAGCCUAGUUCCUCUCUCAGUACGGCAUAGGUCGUGUACGGGCCGACCCUAUGCCCGAAUGAGAGGCGGUCCUGGGUGAGCAUAUCAGACGGUCCGGACGCAGAUACACAUGUGUUGCGCCGUUGUGGGGGACCUCGACAGGCUGAAGAUGCAGCAGCCGAGAAUGUCGUUCAACCGAGAAACUAACGCUAGCGAAAGCGUAGGGUGAAGGUCGAUUGAGGUACAAACGCUGGGAGUAGCGUAGGGUGAAGGUCGACUGAGGUACUAGCGCAGCAUAAGUAAAGAGUGAAGGUUGAUGUCGAGGGGCGAAGCGAUAUGUGCGUGGGGCACAGCAGGAUAGUGCGAGAGACGUGACCGGAGCCUGUCCAUCAGAGGAUGGUAUCGUAUGCGGACGCCCACAAUUGGUUCAAGUGUUGUAAUACAUGCUGCGGAGAGAAGCAUUCUUCACCAGCACGAGGUCGUGCUGCAUUAUGAGUGGUGGAGAAUGUCACGACCCGAAAUUUCGUGACCGUGUUGAUUGUCUGAAGAUUGCUGCCAUCUGGUUGUCUUGCAAUGAGAGGGAUAAAGGGGGCGGCAUUAGCGAUAAGGCGUUGUCUGCCUGUGCAUCGCAUCUGGCUGAGUUAGGAUGUGGCUAUGAAGGGGAUCGUUGCAAGAGAAGGCACAACUGGUCGGAGGCUAUUGCCGUCUCCCUGAUGAGCCCAAGGCAGGGCGAAACCAGUUGGCAUGCGUAUGCAGAGUAUCGUAUGCAGACGCCCACAAUUGGUUCGAGUGUUGUAAUACAUGCUGCGGAGAGAAGCAUUCUUCACCAGCACGAGGUCGUACUGCAUUAUGAGUGGUGGAGAAUGUCACGACCCGAAAUGUCGUGACCGUGUUGAUCGUCUGAAGAUUGCUGCCAUCUGGUUGUCUUGCCAUGAGAGGGAUAAAGGGGGCGACAUUAGCGAUAAGGCGUUGUCUUCCUGUGCAUCGCAUCUGGCUGAGUCAGGAUGUGGCUAUGAAGGGGAUGGUUGCAAGAGAAGGCACAACUGGUAGGAGGCUAUUGCCGUCUCCCUGAUGAGCCCAAGGCAGGGCGAAACCAGUUGGCAUGCGUAUGUAGAGAGGCUGGUCUUGAGGAAUGAGUGCACCUCAAGAUGCCACACAAACUUCGGAAGUCUAUGUCCGUGACAGAGCCUGCUAGAGGAGAACGGUACGAGCAUCGUGGAGGACGUCAACGAUCGAAUCAGAGCAAGCAUCUGUUGGGACUUCUAGUUAUUGUACUUUAUGUUUAAUAGUAAGACUGGAGAUUAAGGUUUGAGUUUGCCCAUAUGUUAGGGCGUUGCUUUGAACUACAAGAAAGUGAUUUCAGGAUU